UCAUGUAAUGUGAUGCGUGGAAGCAAAUCAGGACUAGAGACAAGGAUACGCCAAAAUCACUGCCCCACUCUUCUGGAUGUGGAUGGGGACUCAUGUCAUCAUGUCCACAAUGUGGCAAAGACAUUCGCUGCUCCAUUCUCGAACUUCUUGGAGGCCCUCUUCACAGACAUCCAUACAGAUCAUCAGUGGGCAUCAGAUCAGUUGGAUUACUUGAAGAUGAUUUGCGAGUUCUUGGAUGUACCUUUCACAAAUCCCCCAAGAUGUAUCUCACAUCGCUGGCUGUCAGCAUAUGAUGUUGGACUUGGGACCAAAAGAAUGCUCCCAGCACUAAAGAUACUUUACUAUGGUUUCAUGAAGACGCAGGACCAAGAAGUGUACAAGGAGGUUCUGCAAGACAUGUACAGAGAGCAUGAAUUGAGUGACCAGGCUCAAAGGAGGAUUGAAUUCAUUCACAAGGAUCUCUGCAAGAAGGCAAUGACUGGUCAGGGGAAGGAUCAGAAGGCCCGAAUUUGUCAGAAGAUUUGGGUGGAAAGUCGAAAAGUGGACUUGCAUCUUAGUGUCUACCUGGGUGUUCUCCCAAUUUUGAAAGAGUAUGUGAUGGUCUUCCAAGGAAGCAAAACUCUGGUGCACAAGGAGGUGGAGGUGUUUGUCAACUUCUUGGCCUGUUUCAUAAAGCCUGAGCACCUUAAGAUGUCACCAAUCAAAUAGCUGGAAUUGGAUUUGGCCCCAAAAAAAAAAUGCACUCGCAGAUUUACCUUGGGAAAGUGGCAGAAGACAUGGUUGCAGCCCACCCAAAGCAUCCAGAAAUCUUGGCUUUCAUUGAAAAUGUUUCCAAGGCAUACAUUACAUGUGGGAAAUACAUGCAGGUCAAACUACCCCUCAAGAGCAAAACCCUGCAGGCCUUGUCCUCAAUUGAUCCUGUGGUGAGGGGCCAUUCACAGGCUGUUACCCAGCAGAAGGAGUUGGCCAAUAUCUUAAAGCACUUGGUGCCCACAGAAUGUGACCCCAGCCUGGACAUCUUGCGGUACAAUGUGGACCCCAACCUGCCGAACUAUCAAGAUGGAGAUGAUAUUGUGAAGUGGUGGGCCCAUGUCUUCAGGCUGGAGAAGUAUCCUGCCCUCACACAGGUCGUCAGAGGUGCCCUCUCCAUCUUCCAUGGGCCUCUAGUAGAGGCUUCUUUCAGCCUCAUGGGUGAUGAGAUUGACAAAAAAAAAGUGCCAACAUGAGGAUAGCCACCUUUAAUGCAGUGCAAACUGUAAAAUACACUCUUCGAUCAAGGGGGAGGACCGGCAUCACUAUGUUCAAGAGGGAAGAUGUCAAACUUGGGCUAGUGGAUAAAACUGUCUGCCGCAACAUCAGGGCUGCAGGGAAGAAGGAUAAAUCCCUCAGAGGUAAAAGAAUUGAGGAAAAGAAGAAGAGGCAGGCAGACUAUGGUAGUAGAGCUUCCUGCGGAAGUGCUGAGAGGGCCAAGACCACUGCUCAAGCAGAAGAAAAGCAGGAACGGCUGAGACAUGUGGCAAAGCAGAAAAAUGCAGCAAGACGCAAGGAGACGCAAGGCACUGGAGACCUUGGCAAUAGCAAAGAAGAAGAAGUAGAGAGCUGGAGAGCAAGAAGAAAUGUACUGCACUGAAGGGACUGGCACAAUAGUCUA